GAGACAUCGACUGGUUGCCUCCCUCAUGCAUCCCGACUGGGGGCAGGGAAUGAACCUGCUACCCAGGUACAUGACCUUGACCGGGAAUUGAACCAGCAAUCCUCUAACCACCAAGCAACACCAACUAAGGCCAGAAUCACUUUUUAUUCUGUUUUGAGAAAAGACAGAAGAGAGAUAAGGACAGAAACAAGGAGACCUGUGAGGAGGCUACUGCCACAAUCCAGAUAAGAGGUGCUUGGAUCAAGGUGGUCGUGGGAAGAUAGAGCAGGAAGGAUAUGAAAAGGAAGGGUCAAGGAUAACUCCAAUGUUUUGCACCUGAGCAACUGGACGAAUGGAGCUGCUAGGAACUGGAUGGGGGAAACUGUGGGAGGGUUUAAUAGGGAAGAUCAGAGCUCAACUUUGGACAUGUUAAAUUUGAGAGGCCUAUUAGACAGCCAAUGAAAAUGUUGAGCAGGUAGCUGGAUACGUCUGGGGUUCAGGGGUCAUGGUCCAGCCCGGAGGCCUACAUUUAGGCAUCUUCAGUACAAAGGUGUCACUUAAAGACUUGAUGACCAGAUAACAUCACUAAGAGAAGCAAGUGGGAGUGAUUGGCUAAGUCAAAUGCUGCUGAUGGGCCUGGCAAUGAACGAAUAAAUAAAGGCCAGAUCCCAUUAGAUCUGCAAAGUAGAGGUCAUUAUUAAGGGUUACCUAGCAACAGGUGGGUAAGGCACCUACUGGGCACAGAGACAAAAUGGCUCUAAGUCAUGGGAACCCUGGAAACAUAGGGAAUAAAGAACCACAGCAUCUUGGUUUGGAAGGGACCUUAAACAGGUCAUUCAAUCUGCACUCCUCUCCCCACCCUAGCCUGAAGAUGGAAUCCCUGGCUUUAGAACAAGAAACAUCUGUGGGAUCCUGAGGCAGCCAGUCUGGCUCGCACAGAGAAGGCACAGUUGCAGAAUGAGUGGGAAAUGACCUUCUGGGGUCAGAAAACCAGGGUUCUGGUCCGGCAUCUGCUGCCCCUGGACCUCAUGUCCUUGGGCAAGUCUUCGCCUCCUCCAGCCUCAGUUUCCCUAUGUGUACAAUGAAAGCAAUCAAACCUUCCUUGUCCCUUUCAGGUUUGCAGAGACUUCUGACUGUGACAGGGCUGGGCUGGGGAAAUGCCCUGCCUGGGCUGGUCACUGCAGCAGCAGCAGAAGCCCUCAGCUUGGAUGGCGAUGGAAAUGGCCCGAGGAGGGAACCGUCUUCUCUGUGGACCUGUCGGUGCAGCGAGUGGAGAGGCCAACCAGGGUUCAGGGCAGGACCUGGGCUGGGAUCGACUGGGCUUCGAAGGGAAGACGGGGCCAUCAGGACAGAGACCCAGUCCUUGCAUCUGCCUCCAUGUAGCCUGGAACCGAGAUGGGGGAGACCCGGAGGCAGCGACAGGUUAAAGAAACGGAGACACCAAGGCAGAGAGACCCGCGGACCCAGAGACAGAGGGAGCUGCCGUUGCCCCAGGAGACAACCGUGGAGCUGAGCUGUGGACCGGGGCCAGUACAAGUGGUCCUGGGCCCAGAGCAGGUGGCGGUGCUGGACUGUAGUCUGGGGACUGCCGCUGCCGGACCCCCCACCAGCAUCACGUGGAGCAAAGACGGAGGUGUCCUGCUGGAGCACAGCCACCUGCGCCUGCUACCCAAUGGCUCCCUGUGGCUGUCCCAGCCGCUAGCACCCAAUGGCAGUGAGGAGGCAGCCCCUGGAGCCUCAGAUGUCAUCGAGGGCAGCUAUUCCUGUCUGGCCCGUGGCCCGCUCGGAGUGGUGGCCAGCCAGGCUGCAGUGGUCAAGCUCGCCACACUCACAGGCUUCUCUCUGCACCCGGAGUCUCAGACAGUGGAGGAGAACGGGACAGCUCGAUUUGAGUGCCACAUUGAAGGGCUGCCAGCUCCCAGCAUUACUUGGGAGAAGGACCAGGUGACAGUGCCUGCGGAGCCUCGGCUCAUCACUCUUCCCAACGGGGUUCUCCAGAUCCUGGACGUUCAGGAGAGUGACGCAGGCUCCUACCGCUGCGUGGCCACCAACUCAGCCCACCAGCGCUUCAGCCAGGAGGCCCUGCUCCGUGUGGCCCGCCGAGGGUCCCUGGCGUCUACCGGGGGGCAGGACGUGGUCAUUGUGGCAGCUCCGGAGAACACAACCGUGGUGUCUGGACAGAGUGUGGUGAUGGAAUGCGUGGCCUCUGCUGACCCCACCCCUUUCGUGUCCUGGGUCCGACAGGACGGGAAGCCCAUCUCCACGGACGUCAUCGUCCUGGGCCGCACCAACCUGCUGAUCGCCAGCGCGCACCCCCGGCACUCGGGCGUCUAUGUCUGCCGAGCCAACAAGCCCCGCACGCGCGACUUCGCCGCCGCCGCCGCAGAGCUCCGCGUGCUGGGUGAGGCGGGGCGAAGCUGGGGGAGCGGGUGUGCGGGGAGACCGAUGGGGCAGGUAGCUGGGACCGAGGGAAGAAUAGAAAGGGGGAAGGGAGCAACUGGGUGUUUUGGAGAAUUGGGAGACAUGCUGCCAGAGAGCACGGCCACUCCGCUGAGCAGCUCCGCCGUGCUGGUGGCCUGGGAGCGGCCCGAGCUGCACAGCGAGCAGAUCAUUGGCUUCUCCCUCCACUACCAGAAAGCUCGCGGCAUGGACAAUGUGGAAUACCAGUUUGCAGUGAACAAUGACACAACAGAGCUACAGGUUCGGGACCUGGAACCCAACACGGAUUAUGAGUUCUACGUAGUGGCCUACUCUCAGCUGGGCGCCAGCCGCACCUCCACCCCAGCGCUGGUCCACACACUGGAUGAUGUCCCCAGUGCAGCGCCCCAGCUCUCCCUGUCCAGCCCCAACCCCUCGGACAUCAGGGUGGCGUGGCUGCCCCUGCCUCCCAGCCUGAGCAAUGGGCAGGUGGUGAAGUACAAGAUAGAGUACAGUUUGGGAAAGGAAGAUCAGAUUUCCUCCAGCGAGGUGCCAGGGAACGAGACGCAGCUUACGCUGAACUCACUUCUGCCCAACAAGGUGUACCGAGUACGGAUUUCGGCUGGCACAGGGGCUGGCUAUGGGGCGCCCUCCCAGUGGAUGCAGCACAGGACGCCCAGUAUGCACAACCAGAGCCAUGUCCCUUUUGCCCCUGCAGAGUUGAAGGUACGGGCAAGGAUGGAGUCCCUGGUUGUGUCCUGGCAGCCGCCUCCUCACCCCGCCCAGAUCUCUGGCUACAAACUGUACUGGCGGGAGGUGGGGGCCGAGGAGGAGGCUGAUGGUGAGAGCCCCCCAGGGGGCCGUGGAGACCAGGCUUGGGAUGUGGGGCCUGUCCGGCUCAAGAAGAAAGUGAAGCAGUAUGAACUGACCCAGCUAGUCCCUGGCCGGCUGUACGAGGUGAAGCUGGUGGCGUUCAACAAACACGAGGACGGAUAUGCGGCAGUGUGGAAGGGCAGGACGGAGAAGGCUCCCACACCAGACCUGCCCAUCCAGAGGGGGCCACCCUUACCCCCCGCUCAUGUCCAUGCGGAAUCCAACAGCUCCACAUCCAUUUGGCUGCGGUGGAAAAAGCCAGACUUCACCACAGUCAAGAUUGUCAACUACACUGUACGCUUCAGCCCCUGGGGGCUCAGGAAUGCCUCCCUGGUCACCUAUUACACCAGCUCUGGAGAAGACAUCCUCAUUGGUGGGCUGAAGCCAUUCACCAAAUAUGAGUUUGCGGUACAGUCCCAUGGCGUGGACGUGGAUGGGCCGUUCGGCUCCGUGGUAGAGCGCUCCACCCUGCCAGAUCGACCCUCGACGCCCCCAUCGGACCUGCGCCUGAGCUCCCUGACGCCGUCCACUGUUCUGCUGCACUGGUGCCCCCCCACGGAGCCCAAUGGGGAGAUCGUGGAGUAUCUGAUCCUGUACAGCAACAACCACACCCAGCCCGAGCACCAGUGGACCCUGCUCACCACCGAGGGAAACAUCUUCAGUGCUGAGGUACGUGGCCUUGAGAGCGACACUAGGUACUUCUUCAAGAUGGGGGCCCGCACAGAGGUGGGGCCUGGGCCCUUCUCCGGCCUGCAGGAUGUGAUCACUCUCCAGGAGAAGCUCGCAGACUCCCUGGAUGUGCACUCAGUCACGGGCAUCAUCGUGGGCGUCUGCCUGGGCCUCCUCUGCCUGCUGGCCUGCAUGUGUGCUGUCUUGCGCCGUGGCCCCCACAGGGAAGCCCUCCCAGGCCUGUCCUCCACGGCCACUGCUGGGAACCCCGCGCUGUACUCCCGAGCCCGCCUUGGAUCUCCCAACCCCCCAGCUACCCAUGAACUGGAGUCCCUUGUGCACCCCCGUCCCCAGGACUGGGCCCCACCACCCUCAGACAUCGAGGACAGGGCUGAAGUGCACAGCCUUAUGGGUGGUGGAGCUUCCGACGGCCGGGGUCACUCCAAGAGAAAGAUCUCGUGGGCUCAGCCUGGUGGGCCGAGCUGGGCAGGUUCCUGGGCAGGCUGUGAGUUGCCCCAGGCAGGCCCUGUGCCUUAUCUGACCCGGGCCCUGCUGCCCCCUGCUGGCACUGGGCAGACGCUGUUGCUGCAGGCUCUGGUGUAUGAUGCCAUAAAGGGCAACGGAAGGAAGAAGCCACCCCCGGCCUGCAGGAACCAGGUGGAGGCCGACGUUAUUGUUCACUCUGACUUCAGUGCCUCCAAAGGGAACCUUGACCUCCACCUCCAGGACCUGGAACCUGAGGAUUUCCUGCCUUCGGAGGCUCCCGACCUCACUUCGGGUGUUGCGGAUUUAGGGCAAGGGGGAGACUGGCUGGACAGGGAGCUGGGAGGCUGUGAACAGGCGACCACUGGGCCAGACAGACUCACCUGCCUGCCAGAGGCACCGUCUUGCCCCUACCUGGACCUCCAGCCCAGUGAGGCUCUGGAGGAGGCCCCUGGGGACAGCUGCCAGUCAAAGGCGCCCUGCCCUCUAGGAGCCAGCCCCGGCUUGUCCAGGGCCUCGGUCUCCUCCUCCGCUUAGCUCCCCUAGAGGUGCAGUGGGGACAGGCUGUCAUGGGUCAUGGGAUAUGACACCUGUGUACCUGCGGAUACUGAACAUCAUCAAGCCAUUUGGAGCCUCCUAGGGGGCUUUGGCUGGAGGGAGAGGAAGAAAUGGCUUAUUCACUCCCCCCAUUCUCUGUGACACGUGUGGUAUGUGAGAGACCCAUGAGGCAUGGCUAUGUGUGAGGCAUCUGUGUGUGCUGGUUGGUGAGCUGGGAAACCUGGGUCCAGGCAGUGGUUACUACAGCCUACCUGGCCCUCCAGGUCAGGACUGUGCCCCAGAACGGCCAGUGCCCAGCCCUGUGGGUCCCCCACCUCCGUCACCCAGCCUUUUAUUACACACUCUGAGAGUGUUUCCAAUGCCCUGUCUGACAAGACAGCCCCGGCCCAUUUUCCUGUCUGGCUGGGCUGAGUGCAAGUAGGCCCUGAACGCCUAAUAUUUUAGUUCCAUUGCCCAAACUGAGAGGGUGACUCUGGUCCCUCGGAGCAUCUCUGCAUUUGAUUUUGUAAUUUGGGAAGUGCCUGGUUUUGAACAUCUGCUCUCUCUUGCUCUCCCCUCCUUCCUUUCCUUUCCCUACUCCGGUGGCCUCUCCCCCGCCAACUUGCUCUCCCAACUCUAGUGCCCUUCGCUUCCUCCCUGACAGUCUUUCCUUUCCUCUCUGCUGCUUCUGGCUCUCCUCUUGCUGCCUGCCUCUCCUCUCUCACGCCUCUCAUAGACUGUGUCAUGUGGCCUCCCGCCUUCCUUCCCUUAACAACAUGACUACCUCAUGUCUGCUUCGAGGCCAUAGCGUGACUCCUGCCCCUUCACUUUACCGGGUACCCUCCUGCCCCCUCCUCUCUCUGUGCCACCGUAUGCCUCCACCCAGGCAGGCUGCCCACCCCCAGUGCAGGUUUGAAGACCUCCCAGCUUCCCUCGUAUCUUUUUCCCCUGGGAUUGAGAUGGGAGGGUCCUCCUUGGAGGUGAUGAAUCCAAGCCACACAAGGGGACUUUUGAGAUGGGGAAACAGAAACACAACCCAGAGGCUCAGGAUAAAACUCCCCCCUCCCGUCUAUGCAGGGAGGCAGGCCUGCUGGAUGCAGGGGGGUUUGGGACAUUCCUUCCCAGCUAAAGCUAAAGGGGGCUCUGCAGCCCCGCAGGUUCCCACUCUGAGCACCUUGAAUGUGAGCCGAUGGGGUAGGAUCGAGAGAAAUCUCAUUCCUCCGGGUGCUGGAAGGGAGGUCUUUGCGCAGGACAAGGGCAAUUGGCUCAUUUUGUUUUGUUUUGAAUUCAAUCCUGAAGUCAUUUUCCCUUGACCUGCCACACAAGGACAAGCUUGACUUCCAUUUCCUGUGUAGAGAAAACAAUGCAAUUUAUUUGAUUUUUGCACCUCAGCCUCUCAUAGGAGUAUGAAAUGUAGGGUCUUUUCUCCCUAAAUGCAUCUUUUUAACUGAUUGGCAUAUCAAGGGUUAACUGUGGCUUCUGGGCUAAAUUAGAAAUAACCAGUCUAUCUUCACCCGCCACCCCCUCUUUUUUUAAUGGUAAAAUGUCUCUCAGCAGAGUUGCAGCUUCCUCAGACCCUUUCGGCAUCUGUGUUUAUUACACUCGGGUGUCACUCACGGUUGACAUCGCACCUACAGCUCUUUCCCUUCCCCCUCCUUCAACCAGCCUAUGAUAACACUAAAGAUUAGUCAUGUUGGUUUUGUAUCUUGUUAAGGACAGGAUUGUCACUUGUACUAUUUCUGUAGCAUUCAGCAUUGCUGUGGCUAACACCACUCUAUAUGUUUCAUCAUUGCUCUGAAGGUCAAAAGCCUCAUUUUAUUUUGCUGGUUUGAUUUUUUUUCUAAAGAAAAAAAAAACUGCCCUGAAUUAAAUGGCUGUUUUAACAGUAGGCUCUUAGCAUUACACUACGUAGUCAUUUUUCAUGUUCUUGUUUAACAGGCACUGAGGUUCUGGUUUAAAUUAAAUAGCUGCAAAUGAGACAAUUUAUAACCCAUUAGGUUGGGUGGAAAAUUGUUUCUCAAAAGCAAAUAAGUAAUAAAUCUGGUAUCUGCCUAUAACUCACAGUUGAUAAGAAAGUGGCCAUUACUCACUAGUAUUAUAUAUGAUUUUGGACUCUGGGUAAUUUGGAAGUGUUGGGUUUGUGUCUUUGUAGUAGUAUUUUUAUUAGAAAAGAGUCUAUUGGCCUUUUACAGGGUAUUAAUCCCUUUGUCACCUACCAUUGAUGCCUUACGUUUUUGAGUCUCAUUUUAAAACCUCCCCUUUUUUUGAUGCAUGACAAGUGUAAUCAUACCUGCUCAUUUAUUUGUUUGUAUUUAGUUUAUGCUAUGUUAUUUAAUUAUUUUCCAGCUUUUUUUUCUCUUUACAAAUAAGACAUUUUUUUAGUGUUAAGCCAAGGCAUUGAUCAUGUAUCUGUCCUUAUAAUGAAUUAAUAAACUAUUUUCC